AUGACGGGCCAACGAUCCAAGAGGCAUUGGAGGCAGGUGCGCAGUCGGCUGGAAGGACACGGGGCCAGCGACGACCAGGAGGGCUACGAAGAACAGUUUGCCGUUCCCGAUGCGGCUCCCGACGAGGGAGCCGCGAAGGGCCGCGACGCAAGUCGCGGUCCUACUGGUCGGAAGCCUGCAAAGGCCGACGACCAACAGCAACCCACCGCCAAGGCCGCCGCCAAGCGCAAGUCACCCAAGAGGAGGAAGAAGAAGAAGCUGCGCGUGCCGGACUCGGCGGAAGCGUCGCUGUCCAAGCCGCAAGGCAAGGACGCGGGGCGCCAGUACACCGUCGAAGAGGUGCGGUACGUCGUGGCGCGCUCUGAGCUCGUCUGGCUGCUGGAGCAAGACCCGAUCUUGGUCUUCCUCAAGCCCAUGCUGAUGAGCAAUUUCACGGGCCCCUUCGUCGCGCCGGACUUCGAUAGUCUCACCAGCGUUGCCCACGCCGCGCCGACUCUCUUCCAGAUGCUGCGUGACUCGGGGUUCGUGCUGGGAUCUUUCGAGAUGGAGGAGCUGUGCGACUGGGACCUCAAGAUGCGCGCGAUUCGCGUCGUGCAGGAGCCCUUGACGAUUCUCGCCGGAUCCGUCAAACAAGACGCGACGAGUUUCUCAGCGGGCCAAGACGCGCCGAGUUCCUCGACGGGCUCAGCCCAGACCUCGACGACCACGCCCUCGCCGCCACCUCGAUACCAAUCGAGCGUGGACUCCGACAGCAGUUUCGAGUCGCCCAAGCGCAUGCCCAUGAACCGGCCGCCGCGCGUCAUGCAGCUAUCCGCGGCGCCCACGCGCACAGAGGUGACGAAACCCGCCGAGGAGGUGCUUCCCAAGGCCUUGAGAGAAUCUAUCAUCAGGCUGAUGCAGACGACAGUGAUGAACACCCCGCGCGCCGACACGGCCGCAAUUCCGACGGGGCCGAAGCCGCCCUCGAAUCCCACACCCACGGUGGCUCGCCCCCAGGAGGCAGCGGAUGUCGCCAUGGAGUCGGUCAGUUCGCGUUCUUCGACGAGGUCCAGAACUCGACGCGACGCGGACGAGGGCCCCGAUGACCUGUUCGACUUGGACAUCGAAGUGCCAACAACCGCGGCCGCCGUCGCGACGGCGACAGCCGGCGGCGUAGCCCUCGCCCGCGUACGCCUCUCAGCAUCUUCCGAGCUGAAAGAAUUCUUAGGACGGGACGCCAGCGAAGAGAAAGCCAGACUGUGGCUCAACCGUCUGAAGUCCGCCGCGCGGCGCGACGGGAUGACGGGCGAAGAAGUGUGCGGGCAGUUCAGCGAUCUAAUGAGCGGCCCUGCGCGCCAAUGGUAUCUCCAGUUGCCCAGGAAGGUCAAGAAAUCAUGGACCGAGCUGAUGGAGCAAUUCCGGGUGCAGUACUGCGGCAAGGGCGUGUCAAUGGCCAGUCGCUACUACCAUGCGGCUCAGCGCCCCGACGAGACCCCUCUGGAUUACUCGUACCGGCUCAACGUCGCGGGCAUGAGGGCCAACAUCCCAUACGCCGAGGGCACGACUGAAGAGAAGCGCGAACACGACGAGCAUUUCAUCCGGACGCUGAACACGCAGGAGGCCGAACUCGCCUCGCGUCUCACGCUGAUGGAGGUCGCCGACUCCGAGGCGCUGGAGAAGAAGCUGCGUGCCCAACAACGUGGAUUGGUUCACCAGAAAAAGACUCUCUUCGGCUCGAACAAGUUCCGCCAAAAGGCGCCGACCCCGCCGACUCAGCCGGCGCGCGCCGUGCAUGCGAUUCACGUCGCGCCGGACGAGUACGACUCGGAACGCGAAAGUCGCGACAGCGACGAUCGCCAGUACGACCAAGGCGAGGCGGACGAAGAACGCGCCAAGUUGUUCGUCGCGGGACAGGCCCCGCCGGGAGAGCCGGCGCGUCGCAACUUCGAUCCCGACGACUCGGGACGCGACCGCCCGUGGUGGUUCACGUCGCCAUGUCGAAGGAGACUGCUGGAAGUUGUUGACGUGUCAGAACAGUCGCGAGAGGUGGUUAGUGAGAGCCCGACUUCCCUGAAUGAUAAUACGUGUGAAUCCAACCCGGAACGUACCACGCAAGAACGCGCGCUGCGAAUCUCGGCGGUCCGACGUACGACGGACGACGAGUUUGCACGUGAACCACCCCUGGAUGAGAUCGACUUGCAACCAGGAGAGCGACGCGGAUACUGGAAACAUCACGCGCCGCACAAGUGGUACAAGCAGGCCAAGAUUCAUGGAAAGCUGAACAACUGUCGUGCUGUGUUAUUGCUCGACACAGGUGCCGAGGUGUCCAUCCUGGACACCACCUUUGCUCGUGAGGUAGGCUGCCUGAUUGACACGGAGAUCACGCAAGAGUGUGCGGGAAUUCGUGAUGAGACAUAUUACACGGUGGGGAUAACCAGAGUCAAGAUUACCUUGGCUGGGAACUUGGUGUACUACAUGCACCUGUGGGUCGGCGACUUGGUCGGCCAACACGCAAUCCUGGGAAUGAACUUCAUGGUGCCCGCUGGAGUGCGCAUCGACACUGCGGAUGGCACGGCGUGCCUCCCCGACGAGGUGCAUAUCCAGAUGAUCGGACGAAGACCGCUAUACGGCGCAUGGAUGCACCCGGUCAACGUCAAGACGCCUGUGAGGCUCGAACCAGGAGACACGCAUGAAGUCUUGCUGAGGCCAGAUCGAAACGCGCCGUUCCUGUGGGUGACACGGGCAGAGUCGUGGCUGACUACCUUUGUCAAGGGGAGAGUCGGAAAGAAAACGUACCUGCCCUCUGGAUUCGUCCGACUGGGCUCCACCCGGUACCAGCAGUGGCAGAAUCUGGCGUACGGCGCGACGCGCGACGCGGAGGAGAACUGGAUCCCAGCCGAGCUCGACGGACCGAUGACGGAUCGCCCCUCAUACCCGACGCCUAAAUAA